AUGUAUAUGUUGGAUUGCUUAUUGAAUUUCAUCCGCCGUGUUCUAGACACGAUAUUCUCUCGGCGCAUCACGAAUUCGCUGUUAAUAUUUGUUAAGACCAAUACCGGCACUGUUGUGCCCGUGGGACUGGACCCGAAAUGGGAAGUCCGAGACGUCAAAGAGUUUGUCGCCCCCAAGUUGGGCAUGACCCCCGAAGAGUUGAUGAUAAUAUUUGCCGGCAAAGAACUACAAGAUUCGGAAUUAUUGGAAGAGUAUAAUCUAGCAGAACAGACUGUGUUACAUGCUGUUAAGUCCAGGCGCAGGUCGUUUAAACGCAAGCCACGUGUAUCUACAUGCAUAGAAGAAGACGAAGAGUUUGAUGAUACAAAACGUGCAGCUGUAAACUUUUAUGUGUACUGCACUUCACCUUGUGCCAAUACAACCGUUGGCAAAAUCCGUGUGAGAUGUUUUAAAUGUAAGAGUGGUGCAUUUACUGUGGACAGUGACCCAAAAAACUGGAAUGAUGUGCUCAAACCUAAAAGAAUAACAGGACAUUGUGAGAUAUCUCAAUGUACAGAUGGGGAGGUAGGGUGGUCAGAGUUUUAUUUCAAAUGUUCUGAACAUGUUACCAAAGGUGAAAAUGAUGAAGCAGUGGCACUACAUUUAAUUAGAAAUAACUUGCAUGAUAUUCAAUGUCUAGCUUGUACUGAUGUCAGAUCAAAAGUAUUUGUAUAUCCAUGUGAUGAUGGCCAUGUAACUUGCUUAGAAUGUUUUUGUGAGUAUGCAGUUAGCCGGCUUAGAGAAAGAAGAUUUGUAUUCGACAAUGAUAUUGGUUACACAUUACCUUGCCCAGCUGGUUGCCCUAAUAGUUUAAUUAACCAGCCCUACCAUUUUAAAGUGUUAAGCAAAGAUCAUUUUGAAAUGUAUGAAAGGUUUGCAACUGAAGAAUAUGUGCUUAAGAAUGGUGGUGUUUUAUGUCCUCAACCCAAUUGUGGUGCAGGUAUACUUGUUGAUGAUGACUGUGACAAAGUGUCGUGUAUUAAUGGAUGUGGGUAUGUGUUUUGUAAGAAAUGCCUCCAAGGUUAUCAUAUUGGUGAAUGUCUUCCAAAAGAAGAGCAAUUAAUUAUUGAUAUUACUGGUUAUUCAGUUGACCCUAAGCUAGUUUCACAGUCUAAAUGGGAUGAUGCAAGCAAAGUAAAGAUCAAAGUUUCUACAAAACCUUGUCCAAAAUGUCGUACGGCCACUGAACGAGACGGAGGUUGUAUGCACAUGGUAUGUACACGGUGUUCAUUUCCAUGGUGUUGGUUGUGUCAGACAGAAUGGACAAGGGAGUGUAUGGGGAGCCACUGGUUCAGUUAA